AUGGAGCAGGCGAGCAUCCGUGCGACGUGCGACGACCUGCACCAGUUGCAUCAGCCGGCGACGGCGGACCCGCUGGCGACGCUGUUGGGCGACGAUGCGCGAUGGUUCGGAUGGUCGCGGGAGGGUCGCCUGCGAUGCGCGCUGUCGCAGCACGAGUUCCCAAUCCGCGCUGAACACGUGGCGGGUCUAGUCGCCGUCGCACAGUCGCAAGACGCGUCGCUUGAAUCCUGCUGCGAUUCGUCACAGCAGUCGCAGCCUCAACACUCGCAGCCGCAGCUGUCGCAGGAUGCGUGGGCGCAGCAGCAGUGGCGAUCCGUGCGACAGCACGUGCGAUCCAAGGCCUUCGCAGCAGCAGUGGCAUUGGCGGAGGCGAUGGAGAGAGCAGCGCCGCACAUUGUGGCGCACGCGUGUAUACGCUAG